CACACACACACGAGCGGAGGAUGAGGCGAAGGGAAGGAAAACAUGUUCACGACUUGUGUACGGAUUCUAAAAUGAAGUUCCUCCUGUACUGCUGGUUUACAGUAAUAACUUUUACAGCAACGCCGAGGUGUGAGGCAGUGCAGGUGAGCGUUCGGGAAGGCCGGCGUUUCGCUCUGCUUUUCCAGUCUGUGGUUUUGCCGUGUCAGUACACAAGCACUUCUACUCACACCCCAGUGAUCCAGUGGUGGUACAAGUCAUACUGCCGUGACCGCACGCGUGACUCGUUCAGCUUUCCAGAUUCCCUGGGGGUCCGGGGGUCAGAACUCGGGCCCUCCUCCCACAAGGACUGCAGCGACGCCAGCCGGACGGUUCGGAUUGUGGCCUCAGGGCAGGGAUCCUCUCUCACCAUUGCGGAGUACUACAAAGACCGAGACAUCUCCAUUAUCAACAAGGCUGACCUGCGUAUUGGAGAGGUGCGAUGGGGUGACAGCGGUAUUUAUUACUGCAAAGUGGUGAUCACUGAUGACUUGGAGGGCCUGAAUGAAGGUCAUGUGGAACUCCUGGUUCUGGGUCAGACAGGCGUGGCUGGCGAUCUCCUGCCUGAGAUAGAUCUGGAGAUCAUGCCAGAGUGGGUAUUUGUGGCAGUCGUAGUCCUGGGCAGCGUCCUGUUCUUGGUCCUGGCGGGUGUGUGCUGGUGCCAGUGCUGUCCUCACUCCUGCUGCUGUUACGUGCGAUGCUGCUGUUGCCCUGAAACCUGCUGUUGUCCUCGCCACUUGUAUGAAGCAGGAAAAGGCAUAAAGACGGCACAGUCCACACCAGUGGCAAUCUACCCUCCGUACUACAUGCAAGGCGUGCCUUCCAUGGUACCCAUCGCUCCUCCCUCCCUAAUUGAGCCCAAGAUGUCCACCGCACCAUCCAUCGAUAAUAACAUCUCUUUAACUCAGCUGUCAUCAGUGCACAGCGGGUAUCGUCUCCAGCCCACGCCGGAUCAGAAUUCGCUGAAGGUGCUGCAGUAUGUGGAAAGAGAACUGGCACAUUUCAAGCCUUCUAAGACCAUCAGCAGUCAUGAUUCAUGCAGUAUGUCAGAGCUUAGUUCCUUACAUGAAGCAGAGACGGAUUUCCACCAGGCGUAUCGGAAGGUUCAGAAGAAAGCGCUUCCAGCCAUCCCUGAUAUAGAUGACCCUCCAGACUUACUGAGCAGAGAACGGUCUCCGGUCCAUACGCAAACGUCCGCUCGACAUCCUCAUCAUCGAGUGAAGGAAGAUCACCCGAGGUGGAACCCUCGUUCUGAGCACCUGCAGAGGAAGGCUUUCCAAAUGGGCGGACGAACCGGAUCCCUGGACGAGCUUGAGGAAUUUGCCAUGAGCUACGUCCAGCGACGUCGCCACGACGACCUUAGCGACGACGAGGCCGAUUACACGAUGAGCUCCAAACAAAGGCAGAGUGAACGCGAGCGAGAACGAUGGAGAGAACAGGAUCUGGAGCGUGACCGCUAUCCGUAUUACAGCUCCAAACGUUAUUCUCCUAAAGACAGACAUCAUGCUCAAUGUCUACCCCCUGUCCCAGGAAAUCCAAAGAGACGAGGUACAGGGGACAGCAAUCUUCGUCGAGACCCUAACGCGUGGGAUUCGAGAAAGCAGGAAGUCGAGAGCGGGCAGGAAUACGAUGAUGCCCUACUUAAUAGAUUACUGGAACGCAAAGCAAAAGCUGGGAGGAGCUUGUCUUCAAAAGGUGGGGGAAAUGAAGAGGAAUCAGACAGGCCGUCUAAGAAUAGCUCUCAAAAGAGUUGCCAAAGUCACUCACCGAGCAACCGAUCAGCUACCCACCGAUCAGCAGAGGAGGACGAUUCGUUGCCACCAUACGUAGAACGGGAACCGGAUCGUUUCCGUGGUGCUGUGAACUCCCACCAAUCUUUGACCUCCACACGCUCCAGAAAAGAACAGGAUAAUAGAGAGGAACUGAGUAGAACGCGUAAAGUGAACACACUCCUAAGCAGAGAUUCGCUCAUAGUCUGACCAGCCAAAGCCAGAUCUUACACGCACUUGCUCUCCAUCCAGCGUCUGUAGGCUUCUCGCUCUGCACACUGAUCUUCCCACUUUUCAUCUGCUAACUGGCGGUAAGACAUCCUGGACGAAAAGGAGGACACACUGUGCUGGAAGAGCUUGAGCUAAAACAACAGUCCUGACCUAUGAUCCGCCAAGAAGCUUAAAACCGGAACGCCGGUGGAGAUACGCUUUCAUGGAGCAGAGUUCGAACAUUUGAUGGUACCUUCAGAAUAUUAUUAUUAUUAUACUAUUCGGUUCAACACAAAGCGGAUCUUAUC